UACCACGUUCACUCCGAGAUAGGUGGUCGAGCCUCAGCCAGAGGAAGUCGGGGAGCAUGCGGCGGUCGUGGUCGUGGUUCCCGAGGCUCCGCCAGAACGGAUGAGGAGAACGUCAGCGGUUUUUGGAUCGACAACGACCUCCUCAUCCAGAUGGUGGAGGAUCAUCCACCAUUGUGGUACCACACCGACCGCCGCCACGCAGACCAUCACUCUGGCUCCUCUGGCUACAGAUUUGAGAGGCAAUUGUACCAAAUUGGGACGACCUCAAUGAAAGUAUAUUGCCGGAUGACAAUUUUGGUGCGGUGACGGUCAAUGAGGGACCGCUUCAAGAAGAACUUCAACGAGGAGGUUAAGCGCCCGAGUGGGUCUGGAGGAACCCACAAGCAGCCGUACCGUUAUGUGGCUGCAUUGGGGUUCCUAAGAAGAACCCUAGAGCUGAGAAGAACAUCAAGCAGUACUCGGGCACCCGAGGCUCCCUGUGAAGUCCCACAGGAGGCGGUCGCACAGGAGGCGGUCCCUGAAAAGCCGCCCACUGCGGGUCCCUCUCGUCCUGCUCAAGCAGCUGGUCAGGACCUCAAUGUUCCCCUACCUGUGCCCUCUGGCAACGCUACUAUGGCUACAUUAGCCCCGCUAUUUGAGGCCCUCAUGCGUCGCCAGAGGACCGGUAGGAGCCGUCAGGUGGACUACGAGGAUUUCACAAGGCUCGUUUACGAGUCCUUGAUGGGAUUCACCAAUAGAGUUGCCACUUUGGAGGACAAUGUGCGACAUCUGCAGGAGGGGGCGGUGCUGACGUCGCAGAUGGGUCCAGUGCAUUACUAUUGGUUAUCGUUGCUCCCCGUGAUGGAACGGUUUACGCCCGACCAGCUGUUUGAGGCCAGAAGACAAGUGGACAGCAUCUUGUGGCAAGUGCAACACCGCCCCACAUCCCUUCCCCCGUCCAUGCCCUAUCCCCAUCCCAAACUACCUUUCCCCCAUCCCAAACUACCUAUCCCCUUUCCCAACCUCCACAUCCCCCUUCCCAAACUAGCUAUCCCCCAUCUCAACCUCCUCAUCCCCCAUUCCAACCUCCUCAUCCCCCAUCCCAUCCUCCCCCAGCAUCCAGGCACUCUAAAGGGACCUCCCUCAGACUCCUCCCACUCCAUAGUGUCCUUCACCAGUGUUCAUGCACUCCAUAAUGUCCUCCCCCAGCAUCCAGGCACUCCAUAGUGUCCUCCACCAGCCUCCUUUCAC